UACAGCUCCUGUCUCUAUCGGGUUGAGGAAAAUGGAAGAAGAGAUGGUGGAACAUGCUGCGGCGGAGGAGGAGGAGGAGGAGGAGGUCGAAUACACUUUCACCGCAUAUGAGAUUGAUCUCGACUACGAGUUCGACGCCGCUCGUUUCUUCGAUUUCAGCCAUGACGAGUCGCCACUCCAGGCUCGCCAAGCCGAGCUCUGGUUCCAUUCUGCCGGAACUUAUCCGCCGUCUCCUUUUGUGCAAAAUCUAGGUCCGAGAGAGGAGAUAUUAUUUGAAAACGUUAAUAUCUCCCCCAAAUCUAAAGGCGUGGAGAGCAUGAACUUGUGCGAGAGUGACUCUGAUGUUGAAGAAGGCCAUGAAAUUAUAGUGAUGAACUAUGGAGAUGAUGAAGAAGAGAAAGAAAGAGGAACUUCCUGCACUGUACAUAUUGACAGCCAGCAAAACUUUCAAAGUCGACCCCAAAAUUUAUCUUCAGGAUUAACCAUUUACAAUAAUGAAAAAAAUACUGUAAAGUCAGACACUCAAAGUAGACCAUCCAAGAAGCCCACUUAUCCAAGGUCUUCAACUCUUAUGAAGCCAACAGCGAGUCAAUUAGCGAAGCAAAAUCGUCCUGUCCAGGCAGGUUAUUCUAGGUCGAAUAUAUGUGUCUUCGAGAAGGCGUCUAAAAGCUCGGCCACAGGUUGUGUUGUUGAAAAUCAAGCAGCUAAAAGGCAAAAACUAGAAGGUGGUCUUUUGCGGAAGGUUGAGGGGACUGUUCAGCUGCAGCAGACUAAUUUUGUUCACAAGGUACCCAAGCGGGAUGGGGUCCUUAAUGGUCCAAGACAAACUAAGCCAAGGAUCACUAUUCCUAGGGAUCAUCAUCUUGAGACUGCAUUCAGGGCCCAAAGAAUAAGAUCCAAUAGCAUAAAAGAUGAAAAAGAGGCUUCAACUGGUGGUAGAUUCAAAGCUCUCCCACUAAAUAAAAAAAUUCUCGAAGCCCCAUCUUUGCUCCCAAAAAGAAGCAUCCCUCACCAACCAACUUUUCAAGAAUUCCACUUGAAGACAUCAGAGAGGGCUGCGCAACAUGGCUCGGCUGCUUUCAAAUCCACAACCCCUUCCAACCAUUCUGAUAAGGGCUUGCACAAAUACUCAUCUAAUAUAACUAAAGAAUGUGGAAACAAGGUGCCUGGAAGAUACAGCACUGUGAAUACUGCCUCUAGGGCAGAUGCUAGGCAAACAUCCCAGCAUUGCUUUAAAGCUCUACCCCUCAAUAAGAAGAUAUUGACAAGCAAGGGCGACAUGGGAAUUUUUCGGAAUAUUAAGAAGGAAACUACAGUGCCAAUGGAAUUCAAUUUCCAAACAGAGAAGAGAUGUCAUGAUAAUGCUCUCACCGGACUAUUCAACAAGCUCUCACUGGCAGCACCCAAGGCCCAAGUUACUAAUUUUGAGUCUAGACUGCCGUGCUCUAUCAACAGAAGCACAAAGGGCUCGAAAGAGAACGGAUGGGGUAGCUUCCAGCAAGGUAAUCAGAUAAAACAACCUACAAAACUAAAACAGCCUUUGCUGGAAGGAAAUAUGCAAUUUAGUGGCAACUAUCUAAAAGAUGAAGUCAUUGGCUGGAGUAAACCCAUCCGGUGAAGUGUUCGGAUGUGAGCUUGCAGACUGGCUACGCUGAUUGAUCGAUCUGGCAUCGAGGGUGACAAGUACAUUCUGGGGAUUUGACAAGUAUAUAUCGUGCUCAUGGUAUUUGGUAUAUAUAUCCCAAAGCUAGGAAUACCCAUAACUAACUACAGAAGCCAAGUUUAUACCCACAAAAUGUUAAAAUUUUGUCCUAGGUUCAACCGCCAAUGGUUGAAUGCAGAGUGUAAUGCAAUUCUCUGUUGAUUUAUAAAUCUAGUCUAUUGUACAGCGA